ACGAUAGCCGUAUAUAGCCGAGACAGACGCCAAAAAAUGGCGAUGUUGCCGAGAAACAACGCAAACUCCGAUUCAGAGAAUCAACAACUAGAAGAAGAAGGAGCUUAAAGCUAAUAUGUCAACGAACACUCCAUCUUCUUCUUCUGCUCUUCCUCCUCAAAGGCUUUUGGGUAAAGUGGCAUUGAUCACUGGAGGAGCCACUGGGAUAGGUGAGAGCAUUGUUCGUCUGUUCCACAAGCACGGUGCAAAUGUCUGCAUUGUUGAUUUGCAAGAUGAUCUCGGAAACGAGGUAUGUAAAAGUCUGCUUAGUGGUGAGACGAAGGAGACGGCUUGUUUUAUCCAUGGAGAUGUUAGAGUGGAAGAUGACAUUAGCAAUGCGGUUGACUUUGCAGUCAAAAAGUUUGGGACGCUUGAUAUACUUAUCAACAAUGCGGGAUUAUGCGGAGCACCGUGCCCUGAUAUCCGCAACAAUAGUUUGAGUGAGUUCGAGAAGAUCUUUGAUGUGAAUGUGAAAGGAGCUUUUUUAAGCAUGAAACAUGCGGCUCGGGUAAUGAUACCGGAGAAGAAAGGGUCGAUAGUUUCCUUAUGUAGUGUGGGAGGUGUUAUGGGAGGCAUUGGUCCACAUGCUUAUGUCGGUUCCAAGCACGCUGUUCUAGGCUUGACUAGGAGUGUUGCAGCCGAGCUUGGACAGCAUGGGAUACGUGUGAACUGUGUUUCGCCUUACGCGGUUGCAACUAAACUCGCUUUGGCUCAUUUGCCGGAGGAAGAAAGAACGGAAGAUGCAUUUGUGGGGUUCAGGAAUUUUGCAGCUGCAAACGCGAAUCUAAAAGGGGUCGAACUGACGGUUGAUGAUGUAGCGAACGCUGUUUUGUUUUUGGCAAGUGAUGAAUCGCGGUACAUAAGCGGAGAUAAUCUGAUGAUUGAUGGAGGAUUCACUUGCACUAACCACUCCUUUAAAGUCUUCAGGUGAUUCAUUUGCUAAUGAAUGUUGUUUAAUGUUUAGUGUCGUCAAUUUAUCAUGUCUCUUAAAUAAUUUAACUGUGGAGCUUAUUGUGGUUUUAAUUGUUACUUUUAGCAUUAGUUGAGAGAUUUGUAGAAAGUCAUGGAAGAAAUAUAUUUGUUUGAUGUGUUACAUUUUCUUUUUGAUAAUGCUAUUUAACUAAACAA